AUGAUUUCGGAUGUAAUUGGUGAUUCAAUCAUUUGUGCGCGACGUCGUGAAUUAUUCAAUUAGUGAUGAGCGCAGCAACGCGCUCGCUGCUACUGGCUGUGCUCUUGGAGACGUUGUCGCCGGUGGUUUUAUUAGAAGGUACACACGUGACGUCAGUGAUUAUCAAUUGAUUGUGCCGAGGAAGUUGACUCAAGAUGGGAAUUUUUUGACGUUUUCGCUGGUGCAUUUCUAUGCGCAUCAGCCGAAUAUGUUGAAGAGGAGAAAAAAGCGGCAAAUUGAUGAAUCACCGCUGGUGUCAUACGGAGUUACUUUUGAUGGGAAAAAACACCAAAUGGAUUUAUGGCCGAAUCAUGCGUUCCUUUCACCGGCGGCCAUUGUUGAAAAACGAGCGGCAAACGUGCGUCAAACAACAUUUCAGAGGAUUCGUAGAGAUUUAUGUCAUUUUGUUGGUAAAAUUAGAGGUAUUGAUGAGUCUAAAGUUGCUAUUUCUACUUGUGAUGGAUUAGCUGGUUAUAUUAGCAUAAAUGGUAAAAGAUACUUCAUUGAGCCAUUAAGUGAGCACACGCCGAAUAAGCGCGGUCAACAUUUGCACAUGAUCUACACAGAGAGAUUACCAUCGCAUUUCAACGGCCCGCGAUGCGGCACCAAUGAAGAUUGGACGGAAGCGUGGAAAAAACGACUGCGAGAGCAGGAAAUAACCGAACAUGAUCAAGAGAAACGCGCGCUCGACUCGGUGCAUCGAUAUCUCGAGACGCUCAUCGUAGUUGAUAAAAAGUUUUUACAACAUCACAAAAACUCCGAUUUCGAGACUUAUAUACUCACGAUUAUGAAUAUGGUAUCUGAUUAUUAUCAUGAUGCAAGCGCUGGUAAUCAGAUGGAUGUUGUGGUUGUACGGAUAAUGUAUUUAGAGAAAGAGGAGGACGAAAUUGAUCUGAUAAUCAACCAGGACUCGGAUAAAACUCUCGAGAGUUUCUGCAAGUGGCAGCAGACGGUGAAUCCGAAAGAUGUCAAGAAUCCAAAUCAUCAUGAUAUAGCUGUGCUUUUAACUCGGUAUGAUCUGUGUGCGGACAACAUGGCGAACUGUGGAUUGAUGGGACUGGCGUAUGUUGCUGCAGCUUGCACUUCGGAUAAACCUUGUGCGAUCAACGAGGAUGCGGGUCUUAUUCUGGGCAUUGUCGUCGCGCACGAAAUCGGACACGUUGAUUGCAGGAUGGGAUGUUCGCACGAUACGGAGGAGAUUUCCGGUUGUAAAGCGCAAGCGGACGAUCAGUCCUACUACGUGAUGUCGCCGUACGUGCAUCUGCACACCAACGUGUGGUCCACCUGUAGCAAAACGUUCAUUACGACAUUUUUUGAUAAUGAUUUAGGUGAAUGCCUCAAUGACGAGCCGGAAAUAUCUCUAUAUAAGGACAAUAACAUGCUGCCGGGGACGAUAUACGAUGCGAAGUAUCAAUGUCAGAUGGAAUUCCCUGGCUCAUCAGUCUGCAAAGUGAGCCCGGAAAAGUUCUGCGAUCGCCUGCUGUGCCGCACCGAGCCCGGCACGUGCAUGUCGAAUGGAGAGCCACCCGUCGACGGAACGAAAUGCGGCGAAAACAAAUGGUGUUAUAACCUCAAGUGUGUCGAAAUUGGGGAACGACCGCAAGCGGUCAAUGGCGGCUGGGGCGAUUGGGGUAAAUUCAGCGAAUGUUCGCGCACCUGCGGCGGGGGCGUACAGAUCUCAGCGCGGGAGUGCAACAACCCUCGGCCGCAGCAUCGGGGACGCUAUUGUCUCGGUGAACGAAAGAAAACAAAAAUAUGCAACACGCAGUUAUGUCCCGAAGGAUCAACGCCUUUCCGGGCCGUUCAGUGUGCAAGCUACAACGACAAACCCUUUCAGGAAAAGUUGUAUCAUUGGAAGCCAUAUUUAAAAGAAGAUGACACUUGUAGUUUAUAUUGCAUAAAUGAUGAUAACACUUAUGUAAAAUUAGCUCCCAGAGUCACAGAUGGUACACCCUGUAAAGCAGGAACCAAAAACAUGUGCAUUUCUGGUACAUGCAAGGUUGUAGGUUGUGAUUUUAUAGUAGACUCAGAUGCAGUUGAAGAUGAGUGUGGAGUCUGUAAAGGUGAUGGUACCGAGUGUAAAAUUACCGAACACACCUUCCAAGGCACUACUGGACAAGGUUAUGUAAAAGUAGCUGAAAUCUUUCGUGGCUCACGAAACGUCCUCAUCGAAGAGUUAAAACCCUCAGCGAACACGAUAGCCAUCACCGGACCGGAUGAGAAACACUAUUACCUCAAUGGCGACUUCACUGAACAACCGGACGGCGUACGCGAAAUGGGCGGCGUCGAAGGCAUCUACUCACAUCCGGCGCCCAACCAGGAGAUGCUGAUCAUUCACGGCCCGCUCAAGGAGAACAUUGUGUUCUUUGUGACAUUUUAUGCGAAUGAAAACGUUGGAUAUCGGUACAAGUACGCCGAGCCUUCCGCCAAGUCCAACUACCAACCAAGCUAUCAUUGGGAGUUUGUCGAUUGGGGUGAAUGUUCCGCACGAUGUGCGGGUGGUGUAGAAACCUCGGAAGCAAAGUGCAUCGAGGAAAAGUCUGGUUUGGUAGCGUCGUCGUUCUGCCAGGCGACUGACAAGCCGCCGGCAAAGACGCGCAAAUGCAACGAGCAACCCUGUCGAACCAAAUGGCGAGUGGGUAAAUGGGGCAAGUGCAUGGCGUGCAAGAAUGUUUCCGGCAUCCGGACGAGGGAGGUGGAAUGUGUCAGCGAGGCGCACAAAGCGGGGGCCGACGAUACGCUCGAAGAGGAUUCGGCAUGCAGCGAGAAGAAACCCGGGACGAAGGAGUUGUGCAAUGCGCCGAAUCCCUGUCAAAAACGUCAAAAUUCCAAAAUUGAUCAAGAUCUCACACCGGAAAUGAUGAGGCAGGUUUGGUUGCAGUCAUGGGAUGCCCCGAUAGUUGACCCAAAAUUACCAGAUUUCCUGUCCAACAUCAAAAACCCUAAUAAACUCCGUCGGGAAAUGAAAAAAUAUCCCAAAAUAGACAAAAACACCUGCAUUGACCCCAACUUUGAUAAAAACACUAAAGACGGUAACAAGAAACAAGAAGCCAAAGACAAACUCAAAGUGGGAACCAUAGCUAAAGAUCCCAGAGACCCUGAACAAGCUAACCUCAUCCAAAUACCCUUGAGACAGUCCCAUAAUGAUAUCAACCUAACAGAUGAAGCCUUUGAGGAAAUGGGUGAUAAAUUGCCUGAUACCCUUGAUGAACAACAUGCAAAAAUCCUAAAAGGAGAGGAAGCUGUCAAUUUCCUGACCAAUCUGGAACACUGUAAUGUCACCCAUGAAGAAAGCACCUGAUGACCCUUUGAUGACCCUUAAUCUAGUAUAUUUAUUUAUAACUUUGUAUAUCUUAUUAUAAGUAA